AUGGCGGCGCCAUCCCUUCCAGGCUUCCCCCUUCGUCUCCGGCAACAGGUAAGCUCCCCAAACCCUACGCGCGCUGCAUUCCUCUCUGGCGCGGCAGAUCCGCUCACCUCCGGCUCCUCCCUUUUCUCAGCGAAGCGACAUGGAUUGCCCCAAGACCGAGAGUGGCGAGGUCGCGGUGGCCUGCCCGCCCGACGACUCCCUCGUGGAGAUCUUCUCGCGCCUCCCCGCCAAGCCUCUCUUCCUAUGCAAGUGCGUCUCCAAAAAUUGGUGCGGCCUCAUCGCCGACCGCCUCCGCUGCCGGAAGUUCCCCAAACCCUAGAAGGUUUUUUCGCCGGCGACGGAGUUGAGAGCUACGGUGGUUUCAUCUGCCCGGAGAGGCCGGUGCUUCUCGUCGACCCUUCCUUCUCCUUCCUGACAAAGUUGCCAGAGAUUAAGAAGAUCGUCCUCUUGGAUUCCUGCAACGGGCUCGUCCUCUUUGGGCACAGGCGGGUUUCAGACAAGAACGACUACAAUGCAGAAAAAUGGGUUCUCAGGGACAAUGUGAGCUUCUCCCAGCUGUUUGGAAGAAUGAGCGGCCGUUUCCACUUAGACUGGAAUGUGGUUGCCAUUCAUCCAGAUCGUAGUUUGGUCAUCUUUGCUGAGUAUUGGAAUUGUAAGCUGAUAUCAUAUGACAUGGAUAAGAAGGAAGUGCAUUCUCUCUGA